GGAGAGUACUGUCAAAUGGCGGCAAAUGGUGAGAAAGCUGGUAAUUCGACGUUCUUACGUGCUUGACAGUCCUCUCUAGCCGAUUUCGAAAGAAUCGGGAGGCGUGUCUUGACAUCUGAAUGUCAGUGUGCAUCAACCGUUACAAAAGAUGACCAAGCGUGAGCCACUGCGUGGAUACAGGAGGAGAAUGAAGAAUGAGGAGGAGGAGGAGGAGAAAUCCUCUUAUGAAACCCCUGCGAGAGGAAGAAUGAAAGACAUUGAGGAUCAGAAAUCAACUGGCUCAAGUCGUUCAGAUCGUUUCCGUCGACGCCAGGAUGUCAAAGAACAGGAUGACAACUACGAACUGGUGUUGAAAGCUAGUGGUAUUGAUACAGUUGGGAUGGAUGAAGAGGAGAAAAUUGAACUGGCUAAAAUUCUUGUGCUGUCGAAGUCAGAAGUGGAGCAGACAGGUGACGAUAUGUGUGUAGAGUGCCCUCUGGCCGGUAGGACCUCCUCUCCAGGAAUAGUACUGGAAGUCGCAGGCACCAGCAAAGGGACGCUCAGGAGAAGUCCCACUGGCACCAGGACCCUGAGGAGAAGUCCUGCAAUGCCAGCCUCUGACAACUCCAGUGAUAGCUCCGUGGUCUGUUUAGAUAUGCUUGAACAGAAGCCUACAAAGACACCUGACCUGAGACAGAUAUCUACACAGGACCUGAAAGAACUUGAGGAGGAGUAUGAUGGAGGAACACAGGCAAGCCCAUUGAAUGCUUCACUGAGUCAGAUAUUCUCUCAUGAUGAGGAAACCCAACCUCCAUCCCAAGACCUCUUCAGUAAAGCGGAGGACAGCCGUCAAGGUCACGGCAGCCUGGGCUCAGAUCAAGGUCAUGGAAGCCAGGCUUCUAGUCAUGUUCACUCUAGUCAAGACUCGAGUCAAGGUCAAGUGAGUCAAGGAUCCGUUCAAGGUCAAAGAUCAGUUCAGGAGUCAAGUCAGGCCCUUAAAGAGAUCCCUGAAGAAAUAGAAAUAGCAGAUUGUCCUACUUUAGCAGAAGACCUGGUAGAUGGAGAUUUUCCUGUCACAUAUCAUGGAGACGAGAAAAGGACUCGGCAAGUUUUCUGCGAAUCACUGAAAGACACAAAAUCACAUGGGUCCACCUACAUUGAGGUAAAAGUUCAAAGCCUGGAAGAUGAGGAGUCACCAAGAAGCUUUUCGCCUGUUGAGGAGAGCAGACCCCUGCAUGGUGCAGGGCGAAAACGAAAGGCCACACAUGUGGUUGAUCCAGAACCUAAACAAGGACGUCUGGAGGUGGAUACUGAGGAGCCCAUCAGUUUCAGUAUGGGGACAUAUCUACUGGAUACUGACAAAUCCCAUCCUCAAGUCUCUAAACCACUGAAGAGGCAUUACAGGAGACAGCGCCGUACAUUGAAGGAGAAGAAGUACUUCAGCACCUCCAGUGCCAGUGUUGACUGCAACCAUUACACAGACGUGAUAUUCCAAUUGUUCGAGGCAUACAGGAUGAAGUUACGAGAUGCUCAAUUUGGGAGACUAACACGUGUACCCUGGGGAGAACCAGUUAGAGUUGGGCGACACAUGUCCAGAACUAUUGAUCUAAAAAAGAGAGGUCGAGACUCUUGCUAUUUUGAAAGGCUUGAUCCUGAAGAGGAUGCUUUAGAAGAAUUUGCAGCAAGAAAAGCCAGAGAGCUUGCUGAAUCUCCAACCGACACUCCAACAAUGGGCUCAAAAGUAAGUGUGUUUGAGGAUGGGGCCGACAAAGAUCCAGAUUUCACUCCUAUGUUAGACUUGGAAAAUGAUGAUGAUGAUUUUGUCAGCAUUAAGAAGGUGUCCCGCACCAAGAAAAGGAAAAGCCCUGAUUCAAGCCCUGAGGUUGAAGAGUUACCAGAUGUUGAAGAUUGGUUGUGUUCUAGGGGAGGUAACUCUGGAAGAUAUAGGUCAUUGGGUACCAGGGGUAAAGUUAGAGGCAAAGCAGUCAAAAGGCCACAACUUGACUUUGUGCAGGACAAAUCUGUUGAAAAUCAGUUUGAUCGGGAAUUGGCCGGAAAAAGAACGAGUCUGUCAGUUAAAGCACCUAGUAAGACAUACAGUAAGAGGUCAAAAGCUUACAUUAGGCUUGUACGUAGUGACUCGCCAGUGUUCAUGGUUGGUGAUGAUGAAGUGUCGAGCUCAGAUGGGGAAGAUGAGAGUUCUACUAAAGGUGCUUGUCCUACCCAAAGUGCGGAGAAACGUUCAGUCCGCAAAACUUUCACGUUCAAGUCUAGUGCUUCCGGCAAGGUGGAAGUGUCAACAGAAAUUGAUGUUUUAUCAGGAGAUGGAGAUGUUGAAGAAGUCAAAGGUCAUGAAUGGUCAAGUCAUAAACCAAAAUUGCUGUCUCAAGAAAGAUCGCCAACAUUUUCACGUUCGAGAACUGGGAAUAGACCUAGCCUUGCCAUGAUGCAGGAGAAAAGUGUGGAAUGCUCUGAACUCCAGUCAAAGAAAGAUGAGAUUUGUUGUAUAGAGGAAAUUCCCAGUACGUUACCUGAACGGGAUGAGGAUACUUCAAGAGCUGGAGAUAAGACGAGAACUGGUACAGAUAGUGACACAGAGAUUUGGGACUGUGGGCGUUUCUCUAGCAGAGAUAACAAGGGAAGAGGCAGUCAGAUGGAGAGUAAAACUAAUACUAAGGAUGAUAACAUUGAUAAUAAGAAAUUUGGAACUGGAAAAAAAUCAACUGCGGCAAGAUGUUUGAAACUAGCAAGUGGUAAUAAGAAUACCCAACAAAGUAAACAGGAUUUGACCAUUUUGGAUUUGGCAAAGGCAACAUCCAUAUUAGGACCAUCCACAUUGGAAACAGAGAUUGGAAAAUUAGAUGAGGACAAUUUCAAUAUUCCAUCAUCUGCUGUUUUCCAAUCUCGGAAGAAAAGGCACUCUUCAAAUUUGUUCUCUGAAAGUGACGAGAGUUUCAACCUGGGUGUGAGUCCUGUGAAAGCUUUCCCAGUAAUAUUUGAGGGCACCUCUUCAGACAAUUCUCCAUCAAGCAGUGGACAUGAUGCAUUGACUCCAUCACCUACGUUUGGAUCUAAAUCAACACUUUUGGCUGCAGAAGAUCAGCAAAGUGUAAAAAUAAUCAACCCAAUCUUCCCUGAUGAUAAUGAUGAUGAUGACGAUGUGUACAAUGCCACUACAGAAGAGGACAUCUCUACUGACAAGGAAACCCGACCAAUUUCAGAUGUGCAGGAUGUGCCACAAAAACAUGAUGAACACCAGUGUUCAGCCGUGGUAGAACAAGAUGGGGGUCAAGGUGAUGGAAAGCCAGCAGCAGAGGUUGACAACAUCAACCAGGACAAACCUACUGAUGGUAUGGCUUGUCCCCUGUGUGCUGUGACCUUCAGUAUGGAGAAUAUUGAGGCUCAUGCCUCAGCCUGUAACGGAGUACCACCAGGUAAGGCUUCUCACCUAUACAUAGGACGGUGCUUGUGUCAUAGGCUGAUGGUAUGACUUGUCCCCUGUGUGCUGUGACCUUCAGUAUGGAGAAUAUUGAGGCUCAUGCCUCAGCCUGUAACGGAGUACCACCAGGUGAUCAGGGUGAGGGUGGAGAAGAGAGAGCUGAGGACUGGAGGUUUGCGCUAGGCCAACAGGAUAACACUGGGGAUGG